AUGUCCAAUCCAAUGGUUCCAGAAGACUACAUCAAGCUGAACAAGGCAAAUUGGGACGAACGGGCACCAGAGCACGCCAAGGCGCCAGACUACUCCUUCCAAAACUUCCUCUCCGACCCAGACUUCCUCUCCAAUGUCGUCAAGUUCGACAUACCACUCCUUCCAGACAUCAACGGGCUCUACAUCUGUCACCUGCAAUGCCAUAUCGGAACAGACACCCUGUCCUUAGCCCGCCGCGGUGCCGCCCACGUCACAGGCCUCGACUUCUCCCCUGCCUCCAUCAACGAAGCCCGCCGCCUUGCAGCCAACGCCUCUGGCGGCGACAAACUCUCCUUCGUCGAAGCCUCCACCUACGACGCCCUCACCGUCCUCGAACCAGCCUCAUUCGACCUAGUCUUCACAGGCAUCGGCGCCAUCUGCUGGCUCCCUAGCGUCAACCAAUGGGCCUCCAUCAUUUCCGGCCUGCUCAAACCCGGUGGAAAGUUCUUCAUGCGCGAAGGGCAUCCGAUGCUCUGGACGCUCGACGAGAAAGUGACAACGCAUCUGGCGAUUAGGUACCCGUACUUUGAGACGGAGAAGCCGAUGAUGUUUCAGGACGAUUCGACGUACUUGAAGCUGGCGGAUGAUUGGAAGACUUUUGAGAAUGCGAGGACGUUGGAGUGGAAUCAUGGGAUUGGUGAGAUUGUGCAGGCGUUGUUGGAGGCGGGAAUGGAGGUUAUGGAGUUGCACGAGCAUAAGUCGAUACCUUGGGAAGCAUUGCCCGGACAGAUGGUCAAGCUGGGCAAUUGUGAGAAUGAGUUGAAGGAAGGCAGAGAUCGGAUACCACUGUCCUACACUAUUCAAGCAGUCAAGAAGAAGUAA